AAGGCUAAAACCAUGAUAUAGAGGCUCAUUCAUUCACUCACUCAUUCACUCAGUACUCGUUGAGAGAUGGGGAACCAUGCUCUCUCUAAUCUCUUACCUCUCCUACUAAACUUGGCCACUUUCCUCACUACUUCUAUUGCUUUACCCUACUGCCCUCCUCCACAAUACCCACCCCAUCAUCCCAAGCCACCAAAACAUCCACCCCACGUUGUUCCGCCUCAUCCGCCUCAUAUUCCUGUCAAACCACCCCAUCCACCUCAUGUUAAGCCACCCUAUCCACCCUUUGUGCCCAAACCACCAAUUGUGAAGCCUCCCAUUGUCUACCCACCACCUUAUGUGCCCAAGCCACCAACUCCUACACCAGUGGUGCCUAAACCACCAACACCUACACCAGUGCCGGUGGAACCAAAGCCGCCUACACCAGUGCCGGUGGAGCCAAAGCCACCAACACCAGUGCCCGUGGAGCCAAAGCCGCCUACACCAGUGCCCGUGGAGCCAAAGCCGCCUACACCAGUGCCAGUGGAGCCAAAGCCGCCUACACCAGUGCCCGUGGAGCCAAAGCCGCCUACACCAGUGCCCGUGGAGCCAAAGCCGCCUACACCAGUGCCAGUGGAGCCAAAGCCGCCUACACCAGUGCCAGUGGAGCCAAAGCCGCCUACACCAGUGCCCGUGGAGCCAAAGCCGCCUACACCAGUGCCAGUGGAGCCAAAGCCGCCUACACCAGUGCCCGUGGAGCCAAAGCCGCCUACACCAGUGCCUGUGGAGCCAAAGCCAAAGCCAAGUCCACCGGCAGAACAAACAUGCUCCAUUGACACACUAAAGCUAGGCGCAUGUGUGGACUUGUUGGGAGGCCUUGUUCACAUAGGGAUUGGAAGUAGCGCAAAGGACACGUGUUGUCCAGUGCUGCAAGGACUAGCAGACUUGGAUGCCGCGGUGUGCCUUUGCACCACCAUCAAGGCUAAGCUUCUGAAUAUCAAUAUCAUCAUCCCGAUUGCUCUUCAGGUCCUCGUUGAUUGUGGCAAGACUCCACCUGAAGGGUUCAAAUGUCCUGCCUAGAAAACUACUCCAUCCGCUUUCCUCUUUUGUAAGUUACUGCAUGCACUUAUUUUGGUAUUUCUUUUUCUUUUUCUCUGCAUCAAUCUAAAAUAAUUUGGUGAUUUCGUAUAAGUUAAAAAAGUUGAGAAUAAUGUAAUGGUAAUAGUGUUGUUUAAAGGACCUAUGUCACUUUGCAACAAAAUAACAAGUGAGAUGUUUCCUUUA